AUGGCCUCUCCAGUCUUUCUCUACCUGUCCGACGACCCGCAAGCCUACCUCCUCUUCCUCAAAGAUUACAUCCGUCCUUGCGCCGACAUUUGCACCAACUGUAAAGUCCGCUGUCUCGACAACUUCAUCAAGACCGCAUCCGCCCCGGAUCUUGGGUGGAACCGGCUAUCGCCUGACGAACGGCCUCGUCCAGCGUAUACUCUUAUCGACGCCCAGCUAGCCAACUUGGGUAUUACCGCAGCCAACAGGUAUGGCUUAGAUUUGUCCGAACAAGAAAUCGAUGACAUCUUCCAACCUGCCGUCCGCCGUUUGACGCUCAAUGCAAAUUGGGUUCUAGUAGUCGAGGCCUUCGCUGCAAUGACUGCCUACAGACACAUGGGCAGACCAGAUCGUGCGGACGAUCCCUAUGAUCAGUACAAGCUGGGUAAGAAGAUUCUUUGGAUGGCUUGUCCCCAGUUCACCACCCAGGAACUAGUCAAGCACAAGCCGUCCGUGGACUUGAUGUCCCAUUGGCUUUGGAACCUCGGCCAACUCCUAUCCGAUGGCGCGGACGUCUACCUCUCUUCAUCACCUCUCUCUGAUCCGUCCUCUUCAUCUGAGCCCCAGCUAGCCAACACCGCCCUCUGCACCUGCCCCAUUUUCUCCGUCCUCAACAGUAAACACCCCGAUGCACACACCGGAUACGAAUGGAUCAACGUCAUUCUGCGCGCUGCUCAACAGCGGAUUGAGCCUGCUCUUCUCCAAGCAUGGGCACAACCCUUGAAUGAAGAGGAGCUUCUUACUUCUUCUGCCCCAUAUCGUCCGCUUUGUCCCGGCUACGACUGCCAGGCGGACACAAGCUGGCAAGAAGAUCAAGUGCACAAGCGGAACAACGUGGUGGACGUUCCUCGGCUUGCUGACUUUGUUUGGGAUUGGUCCGCGGAUCACAUAAGACUCUUGGGCUCAGGAAAUGGGGCCGAUGAGGACCUUGCGGGAGAUACUACCAGCGAUGGUAUUUCCUUGGUUGGUACAAGUCCCGAUGACCCUUCCAAUCCCGAUUCUAAUCCCGUUACCGCUGCCGCCGACCCUCCACACCCUCCAGACUCCCUUCACCCCGGCUUUCUUCUCCUCACCGGGACUCCCUCCAACUCCCCUUCCAUCAACUCCGAGUUCAGAGACUACCACCUCGACACCUUCCCACCCUGCCGCUUCGCCCACUCCCUCCGACAGGACCUCCUGCGUGCCUUUCUCGCUCACACAUUCCGCCUGAAUGCUGCCACAUGCGACAACCUCCCAGAUUUAUUCGCUCCCACGACCCAAACGGGUUUCACUUUCGACCGUCGUCCUGGGCGCAGGGAUGGUUAAUCAGUCACGGAACGAUCGAUUGGAAAAAGGGAGCGGAUUACGAGGAUCGGAAUAUGAGAUGGGGACCGCAGCAUUUGAUGAGACAGGUGUUUGAUUGGGAGGGCGGGG